AUGGACCAGCACGAGCAUACCCCGGGAGGAUUCACAAAGCUGGACCAACAGCAUCUGACUGCUUUGUCAAUUGAAGAUAUUAUUACUCAAAUUCAGGAUGAGACGGAGGGUGUGCCCAUCAGAACUGUCAAAAGUUUCAUGACAAAGAUCCCCAGUGUGGUCACAGGCACAGAUAUUGUACAGUGGCUAAUGAAGAAUCUGGCUAUUGAAGAUCCAGCUGAGGCCAUGCACAUUGGGAGUCUCAUCGCAGCUCAGGGGUACAUUUUCCCCAUCUCAGAUCACGUCCUCUCCCUCAAAGAUGAUGGCACUUUUUACCGCUUUCAGGCACCAUAUUUCUGGCCAUCCAACCGCUGGGAGCCUGAGAACACCGAUUAUGCCAUCUACCUGUGCAAGAGGACCAUGCAGAAUAAGACGAGACUGGAGCUGGCAGAUUACGAGGCGGAGAACUUAGCCAGGCUACAGCGUGCCUUUGCCAGGAAGUGGGAGUUUAUCUACAUGCAGGCUGAGGCCCAGGUCAAAAUUGACAGAAAAAAGGAUAAAAUCGAGAGGAAGAUCCUCGACAGCCAGGAGAGAGCCUUCUGGGACGUCCACAGACCUGUGCCAGGAUGUGUUAACACCACAGAAAUGGACAUCAGGAAAUGUCGACGCAUGAAGAAUCCCCACAGAGUUAAGAAGUCAGUGUAUGGUUUGGCAGAAGAGGGAACGCAGUCCAAGAGUCCCGUUCACACUCCUGUGCUCCUCGGCAGGAAAGGUACCAAAGAGGAUGUGGAAAAAGAGAUUGUAUUCUUGAACACCCAACUAGAUCGUCACUGCAUGAAGAUGUCCAAAGUUGCUGACAGUCUGAUAUCCUACACUGAACAGUACAUGGAGUACGACCCCUUUGUGACGAGUCCAGAGCCAUCCAACCCCUGGACCAGCGAUGACCCUUCCUUCUGGGAUCUGGAGGUCAGCAAGGAGCCCAGUCAGCAGAGGGUGAAGAAGUGGGGUUUCUCUCUGGAGGACGCCCUGAAGGACCCAGCAGGACAGGAGCUCUUCCUCAAGUUUCUGGAAUCUGAAUUUAGCUCCGAAAACCUGAGAUUCUGGCUGGCAGUGCAGGACCUGAAGAGGAUUCCCCAGCAGGACGUGGCCCAGAGGGCUCAGGACAUCUGGGCGGAGUUCCUGGCAGAGGGAGCUCCCAGCUCCAUCAACCUGGACUCUCACAGCUAUGAACGAACCAGCCAGAACCUGAAAGACCCCGGGCGAUACAGUUACGAAGAUGCACAGGAUCACAUUUACAAACUGAUGAGAAGUGACAGCUAUUCCCGGUUCCUGCGCUCCAAUCUGUACCAGGACCUGCUGAUGGCAAAGAAGAAACCUGAAAUGGAGCAGGGCCGGCGCACCUCUCUGGAGAAGUUCACUCGCAGUGUUGGCAAGUCACUUACAGGAAAGCGACUAACAGGCCUCAUGCAGUCAUCCUGACAAGGCAUUGUCCAACAAUAGGAAAACCCAUGGCCUAAGGGACCGCUUACAAUGGAGGAGCAAUGGGAAAAGGAAUCUGACACGUGUGAGUGUGGCAUUGAGAAGUGGAUGAAGAUUCCAAACAAACUCAAAUCUGCUGGUCUGGAGCUCCACUACAUCUGAAUCUCAUCCAAGAUAAGUUGAAAAGGACGGGCAUGCAAUAAGUCAACACACCUGACACCAGGACAGUGCACACGAUGAACAAUGUGCUCCUUUUUUUUGGAGGUUUCCAUUCAAAAGCCUGUACCAAACAGAGCUAAGCUGUUUUGCUGUAUCUACAAACUCCACUUGUGUUAACAUGGUAUCCGAAGAGGCUAUUGCUUUAGUUUUAGUGAUAUACACAUGGAAUGCUUGAAUGUCUUGACUGAUGUCAAAAUGAGACUUAAAUUAGCGCUGUAGAUUAUCACUUCAUUUACUUGGAUGAAAAAGGGAAAGAAGACUUAGGUGUACAAUUUUCAGUAAAAAAAUCUUUCAGAUAAACUUACAGCUACAUGACAAGUUAUUCCUCUUUAUGUAUAAAAUGACACUUUUGUUAUAUUGCAUUGCACAGCUUUGGAGUAUAGCAGCUGAUUAAUACUGUAUGGCACAACCCUAGAGAACAAUGCUAAAAGGAGCACAAAAAGUAUGAUCUAAAGUAAGCGCUGCUAGAGAUUAAAGCAAAGGGCAUUUUAAUACUGGCCAUCAAAACUGGAUUUAGAAUAACUGUUUUCAACCAUGAAUGUACUGACAUAUGCAGGUUUGUGGCUGAAAGAAUUAGGCCUAUUUUAAAAUGUGAACUGUGAUAAUGUUUUACAUACCAUAUGUUGUUUUUAAUGGCUUCACUCAAAGUAAGAUCUCACCCACACACAGAAUUAGGGCACAGAAUUUUUAAAGAUAAUUAAAAACAGAAAAUCUAAAGGCGAUGUAAUUCUUUCCUGAUAUACUUUCAUCUAGUUUAAAGAUGUAAAAAGAAAAGAGAAUUGCUUUUGGCUAAUAAUAAAACUAAAUUGUGUUUUCCUUUCAAAUACGGAAAUUUUCCCUUGUAACAAACAACUCAUCACCUUCACUCCAGGUCUUUUGAUUUGUCACACUAGCAAUCCAAUCUCAGCUUUACCCUUAGUCAUUCUAAAAUCCAGAUCUUAACAGUUCUUUUUGCGUCUUUAUAAAUCUCUCUCAUACGGGGCAAUUCCCUAAAGAUGCUCAUGACUGUGACAGAUUUAGCAGUAUUUAUAUAUCGUAUAGCUUUAUACCAACUAUAAUUUGCAUUAUUUCCAUUUUGAGCAACAUAAAUAAUUCUUGUUAACUGCAAAUUGAAAAAAAUAAUUAACCAGAAAUGUAAAACAAAGUUAAAUCCUAUCUUUAACAGUAGUUUAAUCAUUUAAAAACCUAAACACAUUCCAAAUGUUAAUCACAAAAAAGAUAUUUGAUGAGUGGAAUAACUGGAGACAUUUUGCUCUCUAAACAUUCCACUUAAGGGUUUAAGGACAAAGGGUUUUCACAUCAUGUAAAGAGGAAAAUGGUAAUAAAUGAGGAAUAUAAAAUGCAGAGGAAUUUGAACCUUUAUUUCUAUAGUGCAUCAGUCUACACAGACAUGAUCUGGGCUAGUGCAGCAAAAUGCUUUCAUCCAACAGGUGUGUGCUGCUCUCUAGUGCACGUCUUCUGUAAGUGCAACUCAUUUUCCUGCCAUUUUUAAACUUCAAGGGUUAACCCCUGAGGAGUCAGUGUCCUGUGGUAAAGGAAUAAAUGUUCAUUCAGAGAUUCUGGGUAUUUAGCUAAAGUUGUGCAUACUCUUUGUUUUUUCCACGAUUGACAUUUUCAAGUGGAAUAUGCAAAGUCAAUCAAAUGUUAAAAUACAGCAGAGGUGAGACAGAUUUUGUUGCCAGGACAGAUUUAUUGACAAAGCCUCACAUGAUGCAUGCAGUCAGUCUUCUUACAGUUUCUGAAAUUAUCA